CAUUUAAAGGGGUCUGAAUACUUUCCGUACCCACUGUAUCUGGUAUGUUCUUUUUUCUCUUAUUGUUUGUAUAAACUUGAGAGUUCAAUAAGGAAAACAACUCUCACUGUCAUGGCCAUUACCACUUGUGAUGAAGAUCAGUGCUUUCGUUUAACCAAUAGGAACGAAGCUCUUGUGACUCAACAAAUUGGCUUCAGCUGCUUAUUCCGUCUUGUAUAAAGAGCUUCACUUAGCGCGGCUUCCUGUUCGUCUCUCACACAGCACUCCUUGAAGCGCAGCUGUGAGAGUUAAAUCAGUCUAGUCAUCCUUAUUUCACGCCUCUAGAUUCAGGAAACAUGCGUGAGUGUAUCUCGGUGCACGUCGGUCAGGCUGGUGUCCAGAUUGGCAAUGCCUGCUGGGAGCUUUACUGCCUGGAGCACGGCAUCCAGCCGGACGGACGGAUGCCCAGUGGCAAGACCACGGGAGGAGCAGACAAUUCCUUCAACACCUUCUUCAGUGAGACCGGAGCUGGACAGCACGUCCCCAGAGCGGUUUUUGUCGACCUGGAGCCCACUGUCAUUGAUGAGGUGCGCUCCGGGGCCUACCGACAGCUGUUCCACCCUGAGCAGAUGAUCACUGGCAAGGAGGAUGCUGCCAACAACUACGCUCGUGGACACUACACCGUCGGCAAAGAGAUCAUUGAACUGGUGCUGGACAGGAUCCGCAAACUGUCUGAAAGGUGCACCGGCCUUCAGGGCUUCCUGGUUUUCCACAGCUUCGGAGGUGGCACUGGCUCCGGUUUCACCUCCCUGCUGAUGGAACGUCUGUCUGUCGACUACGGCAAGAAGUCCAAGCUGGAGUUCUCCAUCUACCCAGCUCCUCAGGUGUCCACCGCUGUGGUGGAGCCGUACAACGCCAUCCUGACCACCCACACCACCCUGGAGCACUCCGACUGUGCCUUCAUGGUGGAUAACGAGGCCAUCUAUGACAUCUGCCGCAGGAACCUAGAUAUCGAGCGUCCCUCCUACACCAACCUGAACAGGCUGAUCAGUCAGAUCGUGUCCUCCAUCACUGCUUCCCUUCGUUUCGAUGGCGCCCUCAAUGUUGACCUGACAGAGUUCCAGACCAACUUGGUGCCAUAUCCCCGUAUCCACUUCCCUCUGGCCACCUAUGCCCCCGUCAUCUCCGCUGAGAAAGCUUACCAUGAGCAGUUAACGGUGUCCGAAAUCACCAACUCCUGCUUCGAUCCGGCCAAUCAGCUGGUGAAAUGUGACCCUCGCCGCGGCAAAUACAUGGCUUGCUGCCUUUUGUACCGUGGUGAUGUGGUGCCCAAAGAUGUUAAUGCUGCCAUUGCCGCCAUCAAAACCAAGCGCUCCAUCCAGUUUGUGGACUGGUGCCCCACUGGUUUCAAGGUCGGCAUCAACUACCAGCCGCCCACAGUGGUUCCCGGUGGAGACCUGGCCAAGGUCCAGAGGGCCGUGUGCAUGCUGAGCAACACCACUGCUAUUGCAGAGGCCUGGGCUCGCCUUGACCACAAGUUUGACCUGAUGUACGCUAAGCGUGCGUUUGUGCACUGGUAUGUGGGUGAGGGAAUGGAGGAGGGAGAGUUCUCAGAGGCCAGGGAGGACAUGGCAGCGCUGGAGAAGGAUUACGAGGAGGUUGGAGCUGAUAGUGUAGGAGAGGAGGAGGAUGAUGAUGGAGAGUUUUAAACUGAUCUGUACUCUGAUUAACUUCAAAAAUAAAUUGUGUUCAGUAACUGCA